AUGGCUCCGCCUGCUGGUAAGCGCGUCAAGGGCACGCAGGUCUACCGGCCCUUCAUCUACGGUACCACCGCGCGUGCCUUCAACGAGACCACGCACCCACGCCCCGCCGGCGUUCCACCCGACCACACCCACUCGUGGGAGGUGUUCGUGAAGGGCGUCGAGGACACCGACAUCUUCUACUGGCUGCGACGCGUACAGUUCAAGCUGCACGAGUCGAUCCCGAACCACCUACGCACCAUCGAUGCCGAGACCAUCACGAGGGAGAACGAGGGCAAUAUUAAGAAACAGCGCGCCUUCGUCGUCAGCGAGACGGGCUGGGGCGAGUUCGAGAUUACCAUCAAGCUCUACUACGACAGCAAAAGUGGGGAGAAGCCACAGACCUUGUAUCACCAUUUGCGCCUGCAUCCCUAUGGCCGCACCGAGGCAGAGAAGGAGGCCAUGCGCAGCACUGGCGAGGUCGUCGCCUGGACCUUCGAGGAGCAACUAUUCAACGAGCCCUUUGAGGAUUUCUACAAUAUCCUCACAUCAGGCGUACACGAUAAGGGGGCCGGCUCCAAGGCCGGGAAGGGCAAAGGCAAGGGCAAGAGCGCGCAGCAGCAGCAGCCGGCCGAGACCGGCGACGUCAAGGAGCGCAGCGCCAUGAUCCCGCUGACUACCAAGCCGGGCCAGCCCUUUAGCCGCGAGGCCGAGGCCGCCGAGGUGAAGCAGAUCAAGAGCGCCACUGACAGUGUCAACGACAUGAUACGCGAGAUAAACAAGUCGGUCAAAGCCAAAGAGGCCCAACUGGUGGCUCUCAAGGCAGAAGGGUCCGCCUAG